UCUAACAUAUUAGUUGCGCCUUACAACAUUGUAUCUGAUCCGGGGAGAGACCUCGAAGCACCCCAGCAAACGGCAAGUGUUUCGCACCUUUUGAUGCUCCCUUCGGUCCGUUAUCAGAUCGAUGAAUAGGCGGUGCUUCGGAACGGUGUUCCCUUGUGUUCCUACACGUUCGCCGUUUCCACCCUUCGCCCGCGAGUCGUACGGGCCGCCUCCACCACCCCUCGAUUGGAUGAAACUCCGGCGCGCAGGGAUUCGGCAGCAUAGAAUGGCUUCCAGUCUUGAAUCAGGACUCAGUGUCGCGGGGCGAUUCGCACAAUCAACUCGUGGUGCGAUAUUAUCCCUCCUCAGGGAUUCGCUGAGUCCUAUACGCUCUGUCGGCACAUCAUACUUGUAUAUACAUUCGGCAAAUCGAACGGCUCUCCGAGAUCCCCCUGCGUUCGAACCAUGCGACGGACCCGGCGAAACAAUCUGGAUUAAGACUCGAAAAGCGAGAGUGGAAUCAAACUCGCUCCUGUAAAUAUAUUCUUCCUCUUUCGUUUGUUAACAACAACAACACACGUAACGUCGACGACACGUGGACGGGCGAAGAGGGUUUUUCCCACAACACAUGAAUAAAUCGAUCGUUACAAGCAACCUUUGUGGCACCUGUGCCCCGGCUUCCGCGGGUGAUUUUGUGCGAAAGAGCGAGCAAAGUCCUACCAACGCGUGGACGGCACGCGUCAACGUUUAAAGGAUUGCCCGGAUAACGAAUCGCUGGCGCGUGUCAACGACGCGUGCGGUAGAUGAACCGUUCUCCCCUCGGGUGCGUGGCGUAACUCACGUUAAGCAAGUAAAGAAAUUCCUCAACUCGCGAGUGAUUCGAACAAUAACACCUCGCAACGCAAACUAAUUACAGCCCGCUGCUACGCAAUUUCUGUCUCCUUGAUUCACCGCGGUGAUACACAUGUUAGCCCCGAUUUUUAGUGACAUCCGGUGCAACGGGACUCGAUAAAUAAUGAUCGAGUUGUUCAUCGAAACUAUCUGUAUGCAUGUAUACGAAAGUGAAACGGUGCAAUGAUGAAACGUGAAAACUAUGGGUAAAAUGGUAACGCGGUCCAGUAUAUCGUAUUAAUCGAGAUUUCUUCCGACUUUUCAUAUUUCUAUCGACACUCUUGACCCUGGAAGAAUCGAGUGCGAGUUUCGGUCGCUAUAGACUCGAUUCAAUAUACGUAACAGCGCACGUAUAACAAUAUAAAUUUAGCACCGUUGUCGUUCGCGGUGAAUAACGAAUCAGCUGAAAUGUAUUCGAUCGAUAAUCUUGAUCUGGACAUGAUGAACAGACAGUACAUGUACGAGGCUCACAGUUUUCUUGGAAAUCCAGCCAUCCCGUCGUUACAACCGCACUGCGGACCCCCGACGACCGCCUCGUUGGUACCGAUUCCUCCUCACAAUCAGAUUCCUUCGCAUCCCCCCGGAAGUACGGGGAGCACGAGCGGAAGCGACUUAUACCUUUACGAUGAAAACAGCAGCGACAUCGAAAGUGCGUACAGUAGCGAUCAGGAAAAUCACACGAGAGAGCGAAGUGGCAGGACCCGACGGACGGGUGGUUCGUCGUCCGGAGGAAAAUGUCCCCGUCAAGCGGUCCAGCAAAGGCAAGCGGCGAAUCUUCGCGAGAGACGUCGAAUGCAGAGUAUAAACGACGCCUUCGAGGGACUACGCGCUCACAUACCAACGCUGCCGUACGAAAAGCGACUUUCCAAGGUCGACACGCUCAAACUUGCCAUCGGAUACAUAAACUUUCUCAACGAAUUGGUCAGAGCUGAUAAGGGAAACGACCCUCUCGCCGGCGGAAACUUGUCGAGAUGCUCUGGGAGGGACGAUUCGAAAAAAGUUAUCGUUCGCGGUAGCGGUGGUAACCCGUUUCUCUCCCACUCGCUUUCUUGGUCGAGAAAAACGGACAUUUCACCGAACGGGAUAAUGUACGCGAAAGUUUGGACCCCGGAAGAUCCCAGAGCCAACAAAAGCGUCGGUGGGAUCACCGCCGGGGUUGGUUGCAACGUCGCAGCUUUUAUUGAGUAAAAUUCAAUUUUAUCCUACUUGUAUAUAUACAUAUGUUCAUUACACAUUCAUUGUAUAUUAUAUAAAUACUGUUGGUAUACAUUGUGGAUAUACUUACAAGGUAUUUGUUGUAUAUAUUUGUACACUUUUUCACCGAUCAAGGAUUUAGCAGGAGCAUGGAGUUUAUUUUUCAAACGUGCAAAUAAUUGCAGCGUAUACAGCGUAUACUAUGUACUUGUAUAGGUAUACGUGUAUACAGCGAAUGUGAAAAUUGAUUGUGCAUUAGUCAGAAAGGUAUCUGCAUGCACGUCGCGUAUAUUAAAAUAAUUGUGCCGCACUUUUCCUUUGGAACUGAAAGUACGAAAGAAAUGCAUCUAUAUGUAUACGUACAUACGGGAUUUCGAGUCCAAUUUCAAGGAUUGAUUUUUACGUGGACACGUGUUUCGUAAAUG